CAAAAACAAAUGUGUUCUCUCACGCUGCCAUCACUGGUCAUUUGGGGCAUCUCCAACAACAGCUGAUCAGCUGUUUACUGUUUAUACGGGAGCGGCCUAAGAAAUUUCAACAAAAAGUGACGGAAAAGCAAAGGAAAAUGAACAAUGAUAACCCGAAUAUAGUUUUCAAUCCCCUGAUAAGCUCCAUUCAGAAAGUAGUGCUCUAUGAGACGCGUGCGCGUCUGUAUUUGGUGGGCAGCAACAAUCGUGAGACUCGGUUCCGCCUCCUGACCAUAGACCGACUCGCCCACAACCGACUGAGUAUCGAGGAGAAUGCCAACGAGUUCAACAACUUGGAAAUCCGACGUUUUGUCGCCUCCCUCACGGGCUCGCCCAGGGUGACGUCCGCUUACGGGGUCCUCGGAUUUGUGCGCUUCCUCGAGGGCUACUACCUCUUGCUGGUGACAAAGCGCAAAUGCUGCGCCCACAUAGGCCGCCAUCUGGUCUACACCAUCAAGGACACGGUGAUGGUGCGUGUGAACGAGGUGACCUCGCAGCGACCCCCGCAUCCGCACGAGGAUCGCUACAAGCGGAUGUUUCAGAAUAUCGAUCUCCGUAGCAACUUCUACUUUUCAUACUCCUACGAUCUGACGCGCACGCUGCAGUACAACGAGUCCGCGCCUCGCUACGUUGGUGCCAAGGUAGACCUCGACCAAGACGAACCCCUUCCCGAUUGGAACACGCUGACCAGCAACGUGGACCAGGCCCAUGAGCGCGUGGAUUACGCAUUCCGCACCGAUUCCCGCAAGCGCUUUGUCUGGAAUGCCUAUCUUCUGCAGCCCAUGGAAGGCAUCAUGCUAAAGGACUGGCUUUUAGAGGUUACUCACGGUUUCGUCAGCCAAUCCUGCAUCAGCAUUUUUGGGCGGCACGUCAACGUUUGCCUGGUAGCACGCAGGAGUUCACGCUUCGCCGGUACUCGUUUCCUUAAACGUGGAGCCAACUUUCAAGGGGACGUGGCCAACGAGGUGGAGACCGAACAAAUCGUCAGCGAUGGCCAGAGAAUCUGCGCCUUCACUCAAAUGCGAGGCUCCAUACCGUCGCACUGGUCUCAGGAUAUCAGCAAAAUGGUGCCCAAGCCGCAGAUUCAAUUAGACAUUUGCGAUCCAUAUGCGCAGACUCCAUCGCUGCACUUCGAACGGCUGCUCUUCCAUUAUGGUGCGCCGCUUAUUAUGCUUAAUCUGGUGAAGAAGCGGGAGCGGCGCAAGCAUGAGUCGAUCAUUUCCAAGGAGUUGGAGUACAGUAUCCGCUAUCUCAACCAAUUUCUGCCGCCACCGCAUCGUAUGAAGCACAUCCACUUCGAUAUGGCGCGACAAAGUCGCUUGAGCGGAGGCAACGUCAUGGAGCAACUAGCCAUUCACGCAGAAAGUAUUGUUCAAAUGACGGGAAUGUUUUUCAAGGCGUCGGGCAGUGAGCCUGGCUUGCAGACUGGAAUCGUACGCACAAACUGCGUGGACUGCCUGGAUCGCACCAAUUCGGCCCAGUUUGCCAUUGGAAAGUGCGCUUUGGGUUAUCAACUGGAGCGUCUGGGUUUUGUAAAAUCCGCUAAGCUGGAGUUCGACUCGGAUUGCGUGACGAUGCUGGAAAAUCUGUACGAGGAGCACGGCGACACAUUGGCCUUGCAAUACGGAGGGUCUCAGCUGGUGCACCGUAUUAAGACAUACCGGAAGACGGCUCCCUGGGGAUCUCAGGGUAGCGAUGUGAUGCAGACCCUCAGUCGGUACUACAGCAACACGUUCAGCGACACCGAGAAGCAGCACAGCAUCAACUUAUUCUUGGGCAUAUACAAACCCAGUUUGGCAAAGCAGGGUCCCCCCAUUUGGGAGCUACAGACGGACUACGAUAUGCACAACGCAUUCGUGCCAAGAGCGGAUAGCAAGGCCAUCACCGAUUGGGUGCGCCGCAAGGUUCGCGAGUGCCUACCCUAUUCAUGUGCGGAUUCCAAUAAAUUGGUCAAGGAGCUGUUUCGCGUGCACACCAGCGGUCUGGAAAUGAUCGAUGCCUACUCCAACUACCAUCAGUCCUUCAAGUGGACUGACUUCAGCGAGCACAUCGCCUUUGAGAUCAGCCAGCUGGCACUGCGAUAUAUGCCCACAUUCCGCACUAAUUUCAGUCCGUUCCAGAGGCAAAUCCAGACAUCGCGAAAAGCGCGUCAGAAUCCAUCAAUGACAGGGCAAAGUUCCACGGGUUCUAUGAAUAGCAAUUCCUCCAGUUCCAGCGAGGGCGACGAUAGCUCUAGUGACGAGGAUUUAAGUGCAAGUUUUGCGGAGAAGGAGGCAAACCAGACGGAAUCGACCGAACCAGCCGCUGCCACGCUGGCCACAGGUCUGCCCUCGAUGGAGGAAAUCUAUGGGUGCACCAUUAAUCCGCCAUCCAAGCAGAGCAUGUCUGUUUAUAAGAAGUACGUCCAGAUGGGCAAGUUGUCCAGUGGAGGUGCGAGGCCAGCUCAGACAGCCGUUGCUCAGCGCGAUCAGGAGCUGGCCAAGAUCAUGCGUGGCAUUACCCUGCGUCCACUCAGUGACUACGGAACCGACUCCUAUCUCAGCGUGCGUCCGCCGGUCGUUCCUAGCAAGAGUCUCACUGUCUAUGCUGAGUACUGCCGCACUCGCACUACCUUCAACGCCGUGCCCAAGCUGGAGGAAUUCGAUGUACUCUAUCAAUAUGUGCAAAAGCUGUAGUCAUUGAUAUGUAAUGCCAUCUGAUAUUUUAGUUUGUUGUCUCAAAAUGUAUUAUAUAUUAUAUUCAAUAUUAUAAUAAGUUAA